GUGUUUGUCUAAACUCAGGUCAGUCUUGGGACAUGGUGAAAAAUCCAUUCACAACUGGGAGAAGUGGACUACUGGAUUUACAUAGCUAAGUAACUAGGUGGAUGUCAACAGACUAUGUAUGAUCGGCUUGAGGGCUGCAACUAAAUAAAUUAACCUAUUAAUGCAGUCACGAUAUGUGGAUUAAUCGAAUAAUGCAAGGAAGUAUGGGACAAUGGAAUCUUACCCCAUGGAAUGCAUCAGUUUGAAUUGUUUGGAAAGGAGAGACGUCGCCUGCAUUUAUUCAAACUAAGCCAAAUCGUAUGGACUGUAUUUACAGAAAGACAUGCAUGCAACGGUAAUGAACGUACUGUGUGAAUAAGAGGGCAUUGGACAUACUAUUACGUUCUAAAUGAGUAAUUUGCCUCUAUCGCUGCAUUUCAGAUGCUAACUAAUUAUUGUAUUCGAGUGGCGGACUAGCUUAGCUUCAACUAGUCCUCCAUUGCUUUCGAUGGACCCCUGUCGCGUCAGCUUCAUACCCGUCGAGAACGCACUUGUUCCAGUCAAAGUGCUCACGUGAUGUCGCGGAUAGCUGUUGGCCUCUCGGAAUUAGCUUAUUACUAGCCAGCUUUUAUUUGCUUAUCACAACUAAAUAUUAUUUUAAACAGUGUGUGCCGCAAAAACAGCCUAAUUUGUUUGCAACACCGAUUGUUUAUUUCUAUAAAAACAUUUAGUUCGCCAAUGAACGUUGGCUACAUAACAUUAAUGAUGUCAGCCAGACCUAUAUAGAUAACUACAGUAGUUAGCAAGCUAGCCAGAUUGAAGUAAGGGUAAACCAGCUAGUCAGCUAACAUUGCUGCUGUAGUAAUACCGAUUCAAACAUUUACUCCUUGUGACAGUACUUAUAUUGCUAAAUAUCUGUAACAGUGACAAAACUAAUCACUAGUCUCUAACUUUGGGUCGAGUUAUCAGGAGCAUUUCUUUGCAACGUUUACUGGCCAGUCAGGGUGGAAUCGCUAGCAAUUUAAACGGGCUCAAGCUAGUGGUGUUGCAGUGGAACGUCCAGCCAGGCCAGAAAGCCAUCCUGUUUACAACGGGUCGCUUCCUCUCAAAUAAGCAGGUCAUUAACAGGACCUUUAGUCAUUUUGCACCAAAGCAUGACACUGAGAGAAACCGUUUGAAUUCUGCAGUUUGCUGGUGAUAGCCAACUUCAGACAAUAGAUUACAGGACUACAUGUACAUCAAGUUUCAACACAAAAGCAAAAUUAACAUUUGAAUGCCACACGAAUAUGUAGAUCAUUUACGGUUGCUCGUUCAAAAGACCUACAUCAGUAAACUAGCCUCAGGGAUUCUGAAACUAAAUUUAACUCGCGGUGGAUGGAAAACAAUUGACUGAUGCGAGUAGUUACCUAGCUGAUGAUAGUUGCCCUGGCAGUGCCAACAUAAUAAGAUGGAGGGAAUGUCUUGCUAUAUUGGUGCACAUUACUUGGUUUUGAUGUUUCAAUGUUAGUAGUUUAUGCAUUGUAGUUAGGAUAUUAACUAAUUUGUUGACUACAGAAAACACAAACAAACAUUACUAUCAGUUAGUAAAUUGAUGACCACAUUAUUGUGCAAGCUCCCUUCCUUGUAUGACUGGAAACAACCACUAGAAGCCGUAAACUCUUUUUUCAAAUGUAUUUCCCUCUUGCUAUACAUAUUACACAUUGUCUUAAAACUCAGAAGGAACACAAGUAAACAUUGCUCAGUCAGGGGUACCUGAAUCUCAGAUGGCACUUGCCCUGCCACCCCAUCAGUGUGGUUUGUUUCUUGUCACACUAGAAUAUAUCUAACACUAUCGAUUUGACCGGAGGGCCCUCGUUGCAUUUGUACUGAAAGAUACUUGACGUUUGUCUAUGAAAGCAUCAGAAGGAUGCUGGGAGCACUUCCUGAACGGGUUAAGCUCCCCACCAGCUGACGUGUGGCGUUGAAACGUUCGGACGCAACGGGGCUGACAGACCUGUGGACCUCUGCGCAAAGAAACUCAAAGAGCUGAGGAGAUGGCCAUCCUGCUGUGACAUAAUUAGACCGCAGGAAAGGACCCGGACACGCCCCGAGCCGUUUGAAGCCAUGAGUCUCCGCCAUCCCACCUCGACACUGGACAGCCCUUUCGCUGCUUGGCUCAACAGCCUGACGAUAGGGGACUCGGAGCGCAAGACCUCCAGCGGCCAGCCGAGAGAGCCUCCGUCUGACACCCCCCCCGAGAGCACAGGACCAGGCCUUGUCCAGAGAUGCGUGGUGGUGCAGAAGGACCACCUGGGUUUCGGUUUCACCGUGUGCGGAGAGAGGAUCAAGCUGGUGCAGAACGUGCGACCAGGUGGGGCGGCGGUCAAGGCAGGCGUGCACGAGGGAGACCGAAUCAUAAAGGUCAACGGCUCGCUGGUCUCCUCCAUGUCUCAUCAGGAGGUGGUGAAGCUCAUUAAGUCCGGCACAUACGUGGCUCUGACCCUCCAAGGACCACCUCCGUCGGCAGCCGCCCUCCCCCUGCAGCCCCUCGCCACCGACCUCUUACCCAAUCAGAGGACGUCGCUGGGAGGCGAGGCCCCGCCUCCGCCACCUCCACCCCUGCCGGCGGGACUGACCAGCACCCCCACCCAAAGAAUCAGCAAACCACUACAGAACUUAGAUGUGCAGAAACACGCCACUCAGAUCCUCAGGAACAUGCUGGAACAGGAAGAGGCUGAGCUUCAGGACUUGAGGGAGGAGCAGUCGCGGAAUCCCUCCCCUUCACUGGUGGAGCGAAUCGAAAGUGCCAAGAGGCGGGCCCAACAAGUCAGGGUUAAAAUCCAACAAGACCUGGAUGGAACCCGUUCUGAAGCUGUCACAAACUAUCUCAUAGCUGGAGAAGGUCGUCUGUCUGUGGAUUCAUGUGAAGGAGACUUUGAAGCAUGUGAGAGCCCCCACUCCUCCCCUUCCUCCUUGUUCCGGGUGCCACUACACCGGAGACAGGGCUCCGACACGCACUCCUCCUCGGACUCGGCUCAGAUCAUUGGCCCGGAGGAGGAGGAGGAAGAGGACAACAACUAUACGCUCAAUGAGAUGGACGGUCCUUUUCAGGACAUAGAGCUCCUCAAGUCGCGGCCGGCCCACAUGACCGUGUUCAUGAGAUAUGUCUUCAGCCAACUCCUGGACCCCAACCCACUGCUGUUCUACCUGUCAGUGGAGGCCUACCUGGGUUCCAGCCCUAAAGACGCCCGUGCCCUGGCCCCUCAGAUCUGCUCCCACUUCCUGGACCCUGACGCUCCUUUGAAAAUCAGAGUUCGAGAAGAGUACCUCACUGACAUUGAGAGUCGUCUCCAAGCCCAGGAGGACAUCAGGGGACCUCUAUCUGAGCUCCAACAGCAGGUGCUGCCUGACAUUCAGGACCAAAUACAGGAUUAUAGGAACAAGCAGAUGAUGGGUCUGGCCUCCCUUUUCGGGGAGGGAGACCUGCAGACGCUGGACGGAGACCCGGCCAAGGAGAGACAAGUGGUGGACAGACAGGUCUCUGCUCUCUGGGAGAUUCUCUCGAAGCAUGAAGAGGACAGGAGUUCUCCUCUAGCCUCUGCGGUGCUGCUGUAUCUCCGUCACACGGGCAUCAAGCUGAGGGACUCCAGGGUGUUUCCAGGCCUCAGCACUGAGAAGGAAAAGUGGCUCGCCUUUUUCCCCAAAAAGAAGCUCAGCAGUGUGAAGAAAGAGAAGGAUGGAGAUGACAGGAAGAGAAACCCCAUCCUGAAGUACAUCGGCAAGCCCAGGGGCACCUCCCAGUCCACGUUCCAUGUCCCCUUGUCUCCCACUGAAGUGCGUCCGGGCAGCGUCCGCAACAUCAUUCAGCAGUUUGAGAACCACGCGGAGGUCCCCGGGGAGGAGGGGGCCGAGGGCGACCCACAGAGACUCUCCUCCAGCAGCCUGGGCGAGGACGGCAUGGACAGUCCUCUGGUCUCGGUGCGUCUCGCCCGUAGCGAGUCUCUUAAGGCGCAGGGGGAGGGGCGUCGUCGAGGCGGGGCCUCGGGGGCCGAGACGGUGCCUCGUUCCCGUAGCGACGUGGACAUGGAGGACUGCGGGGAGGAGAGGGAGGGCCCCGGCCUGAGCCUGUUGCAUCACAGCACCUCCUCCUCAGCCUCCAGUAGCUCCGCGAGGUCCUUGGAAAACCCCACACCUCCAUACACCCCUCAGUCCACUAGACGAAGGAGUGUGGAUUCCCCGGCAGCCCUGCUCCCGGACGCCCCGGCCCUGGAGGAGGACGUCGUCGACAGCCACCACUGGCAGGAGACCGUGACCCCCGACGUCCUCGCCGCGCUCUGCCCCCGAGAGGUGGACCGCCAGGCGGUCAUCUACGAGUUGUUGACAACGGAGGCGUCUCACCUGCGUACUCUCAGGGUGUUGGAUCAGGUCUUCUUCCAGAAGAUGAGGGGUGUCCUGAAUCCUUACGAGCUGGCCUGCAUUUUCCCCAACCUUCCUCAGGUGUACGAUCUCCACGCUAGUCUGUGUGAAGCCAUGAAGAACAGGAGGGACACGCCCAUCGUCCAGGGCAUCGGAGACAUCAUGCUGGCCAGAUUCGAGGGUGAAGCGGGGGAGGAGUUUCAGGAGCAGGUGUCCCAUCUGUGCAGCCAGCAGUCUCAGGCCCUGGAGCUCAUCAAGAACAAGCAGCGCAAAGACCCCCGCUUCUCACACAUCAUCCAGGAGUGUGAGGCCAGUCCUCACUGUAGGAGGCUGCAGCUGAAGGAUCUGCUGGUGUCUGAGAUGCAGAGGCUCACCAAGUACCCCCUGUUGCUGGACAACAUCCUCAAACACACGGAGGCCGGUUCUCCGGACCUCCUGCCCCUCCAGCUGGCUCAGACCUGUUGCCGGGGGAUUCUGCAGGCCGUCAACGAGGUAGUCAGGGAGACGGAGCACCGACAGAGGCUUCAGCAGUACCAACGCAGGUUGGACCCAACGCCACAGUUUAAGAGUCUGGACCUGACCAGUAAGACAAUGAUCCAUGAGGGCCCUCUCACCUGGAAAGUCAGUAAAGACAAAACCUUAGAGAUCCAGGCCCUGCUGUUGUCGGACCUGCUGGUUCUGCUCCAGAGAGGACCGGAUGACCGGCUGCUGCUACGCUGCCCGUCCCGCUGGCUGGGGGGAGGAGGGGGGGGCAGCGGCGACACCAAAGCCUCCUUUAGCCCCGUCGUCCAGCUGGACUCCCUGCUGGUGCGCUCUGUGGCCACGGACAACAAGGCGCUGUACGUGAUCAGCACGACCGAGAGACAGAUCUACGAGCUGGUGGCUGGGACAUCCUCCGAGAAAAACACCUGGAAGGACCAACUUGAAAAGGCCAUCUCAAUAGCCGCGGGCUCCUCGCCGACGACCUAUAAGGGAUCCCCGACUGUUUCUUCCCCAAGUAUUGGCAGUGCUUCCCCUGUCUCAACUAGCGGCCAUGCCUAUCAGUCCGACGACUCGAUUACGGAGCAGCCGGUUUCCAUGGAGAGUGAAUCCCCUGAUGACGACGAGGGAGCAGAGCCGACCACACCCACGGACCAAUCGGGGGCUUUUCUCCACCGUGAGGGGCAGGACUACGUCAAGAGGCGAAUCGGAGUGGCCGAGGCAGCUCUUGAAGACGUGGAAAUGUUAAGGCACCUGAUUUUCCGCGACCUGGAGGAAGACGGGUGGAGCCGUAACUCGGACGGCACGCCCACCAACGAGACAGCCGACGAGGGGAGCCCGAUCGACGAGCGACGGGGUCCAGCGUCCUCCGAGGCGUUCCUUAACAGUUCCCGCCAAUGGGACGCUGAGCGGGUGGAUGGCCCGCCCUCUGUGGCGGGGUCACCCAGUGUACAAGUUGUGCGGAAAGCUGUGGUUGCGGGCUCUCCUUCUGUCCCUGAUGACAUCACUGAUGAUGUCACCCUGCGUUCGGACCAAUCACCUGAGCCGAGGGGCGGGGCCAAUGUCCAGGGGAAUGUUUUCUACCUGGUGAUGCCUGUAGAACCAGGGGAGGGGCUGCUGGGGGAGAGCCACACCGACGAUGUCACAGACCCCCUCACCCCAACCUCCGUUGAACUCCCAGAUCUGGACUCGGAGGUGAUGUCAUCGCCGGUACGGCAUCACGAGGAAGAAGGGCGGGCCAUUUCCUUAACAUCUGCGAACAACCAAUCGGAGUGGGGGAACCAGGGUCAGGAGGAAGGGCUUGGCCAAUCCCAGAAGGUCCCCCAGAGCCAUGUGAUCAAAAAUGUGGAUGAAAUUUUCCACACAAUCGAGGAGCUGAUGAGCAAGCUGCACCAGCUCAGGAACAUAGAGACCGCUCAUCACCAACUCCUGAAAACCCUGGGAGAGACGCCAGCCAAUCGGGAGUCAGGUUACCUUUCGCGUAAUCAGGGAGCCGUCGACCGUACGCAGUCUCUGGACCUGACCCCACGGGAUGAAGUUGAAGGGAGUCCAUCAGAGCAAGCUAAACCUCAAAUCCUCUCCACUGGAUUUUAGACGUUAUCUCAGUGAGGACUCCUUGUUUCCCCACCCACCCUGUCGUCAACAUACGCACACACACACACUCAUCGACUGACUGGGAUUCAAGCCUCUGUCCACACAACUCCCUCUCACCCCUUGAACCUUCAAACUGAGCCCAGCAUGCACUGCUUAUGGGAGCAGAAUCCAAGAAGUACCCCUUGAUGUGCUUUGUGUCGCCCUGGGAGACCCUGAAUUGACUUCGGUCUGAAGCCAUCGGACACCGGGAGGGGGUCACAACGAUUCUAACCGUAGUCGGGCAGGAGGUCUGGGUUUGAGAGAGUCAAAAGAUGAAGGAAAAGAUGUUUAAAAAGUAGAGAAAAGAGCGACGGAACUGUUGGGUGACAAAUGAAGCCGUUGGAGUAAUCUCGAUUGACAUGGGGAAAAAUGUCACAGAUUGAACUUAGUUCGGUUCCAAGAAGUUAAUAUAUGUCAGAGGAGGGAUAGUUCACGGGAGAGCGUUGUGGCACAUUUGACUGAGUGAACGACGAUGACUACUGGAGAGCAGAAGGACCCCAGCACUUUACCCACGGCGCCGCGUCCCGUCACGUAUCUAUACUCCACCACACUCGAUUCCCGAGGGACACCGUCGGGUUUGUUGCACUGUGCCCACGAGGAAGGAACCGGUCGCCGUCAUAAAGAGCGACGAUACCUUAGGCGUUCGAAACUUCGUCCGCGUCGAAAGCUCGUGUCAAAGGAAAGAAACUCAAUGAAGGAAUGAAGACGGUUUGCUCGUUGCCGUAAGCUACGAAGAGACGGGCUGUUUGCGUUGCCCCCGAUGUGGUCGGCGUGGCGACGCCGCGGGCAACGCCACCACUGCACUCUUCUCUCCUUUGGUCCGUUGUGACUACGACAGCACUACUCCGACAUAAAGCGGUCAGAACCACCAGAAAGGAAACCUACUCAACAGAAGUUUCGGAUGUCUAUCAUGUAGACUUUUUCUUUUUUAAGAAUACUGUAUUUUGUGUGUGCGCGCGUGUGUAUAUAGAAUACUGUGAAUCCUCCACCAUGCUAUAAAUUGAAUAGUGUUGACAGUAGUUCUGCACCAAAACAUGAGACGGUCCUUAAUACCAAGUAGCAUAUCUUUGAACCGAAAAAGACCCUCUGCACGGACAGCUUGUGUUUUUUUGGGGCGAGUAUGUCUGUUAACCGUUGAUCAGUGUGCCACUUAAUGGGGUUGUGGAUGGGAUAUGCAGUGGUUAUGUUUACCUUGGCUUGGUGGACAAUUGCAGACCCCCCCCCCCAGACCCUCCCCCCCAGCCUCCUCUCCCUUUUCUAACUUUUCCGUUCAUUUGUCUCUCUUUGUUUAGUCUUUCUUUUGAGGAGCCUUUCUUCCAUCGGCAACUUUCCAUUUUCUACCUCUUUCUUCUUCAGCGUCUCAAGUGUUUUUCAUAGGUUUUUUUCUGAUGUGUCUGAGUUCUAUACACACCUCGCCUAUAUUAGAGGUUGGAACAGAUUUUUCCUCUCUUUAUCACGUUGCACAGCUAAUUGCUGCACAGUGCAAACUACUGUAUGCAAUACACAGAUCUUUAUUGAUCCUUUUUCUUUUAUCUUGUUCACUCAUGUAAUAUAGAAAUCACAACUGUGUUUUAUAUGUUAAUUUUUCUCCCCUGUAAAGCCUUAGUCCUUUCUUUGAUUUUAUUUUUGUAGAUAUGAUAAAAGAAAUGUGUAAAUUAUUUUCUCUCCCCAGUUUUACAAAAUGGUGAGAUUGUUAGCUGCACAGAAAGAAGAUGGACUUGUUUUCAGAUUCAUGUGUUUUGUGACAUUAAAAAGAACUGUUUAAAAAAUGUAUGCUUUGUAACUUGG